AUGACAGUGUUGAUUCUUUCUCAAGGGAAGUGCGGCCUUUCCCAAGGAAUCACUCACUACAUGAGGGCCAUGGCAACGGCAGAUCUGAUGGUCCUUAUCUUCAGUGUGAUUGUGAACCAGAUCAUCAGGAAUCAUUUCCCAGGCUCGCCGUUGAACUACACUCCCAUCUGCCGACUCAAUGUUUUCCUGCAAGGGCUGAGCCUCCAGCUUUCCAUCUGGUUUACCAUAGCUUUCACCUUUGACCGCUUUGUAGCAAUUUGCUGCCACAAAUUUAAGGCGAGGUAUUGCACUGUGAGCACGGCCAAUGUAGUCAUAUCCACUGCGAGCAUGCUUAACAUUAUGAUCAACAUCCCCUUACCUUUUCGAUAUGAGCCUGCUUAUGUUGUGAACAGUGUACAGUGGGGCUGCCGCACCAUCACCAGUUAUCACACUUCACUGGCCUGGGCUGCUCACCGUUGGGUCACCAACAUCUCAAACGCAUUUCUUCCUAUUCCCCUGCUCCUGUUGUUGAAUUCUCUCACUGCCCAGCACAUCCUACUGGCUAGCAGAGCUCGCCAAGGCCUGAAGAGCAGCAGCACUAGUGGUGCUAGGAAGUUGGGCAAAGACGCCGAGCUGAAGAGCAGGAGGACCUCCAUCGUUCUGCUCUUCACCAUCUCUGGGUGCUUCGUGGUGCUGUUGAUGCCCAUCACUUUGAUCCAUAUCUGUGUCGGUGUCACUCAGACAGUGGCUUUCCAAGGAUCGAAGUCACUCUAUUUGGCAAUCAGUGCAACGUACUUGAUGAUGUGCACCAGUUCCUGCACAAACACUUGUAUUUACGCACUGACCCAGAGGAGAUUCAGAGAGGAGUUGAAGAAUCUGGUGAAAUCUCCCUUUUCUCUGCUCUGUAAGCUACAUGAAUAA